AUGCAGCUUCAGUUUUUCAUCGGUAACGAAAAUCUUGACUUAGAAAACAACUUAAAAGAACCAUCCACUUGUACAGACUCUUCCAGUAAAGGAAAAAAAUUGUGUGCUCAAAAGAAUCAUUGGUCUCUGCAGGAUACAGAAAGAUCAAUUAGAACUAUACAAGGGUUACUGAACAAAGUUGAAUUAUCAGUAUCUGCUUAUGACACAACAUGGGCGGCCAUGCUGCCGUCCGGGGAUCUUAAGAAACAAGAAGUUGGAUCAUGGAGCUUAGACUCAAAGGAUUGUCAACUGGUUGAAGAUUCCAUUUCUUCCAGGCUAGGCUCUCUGCUUUCUCUGCGAAAGUGGCGAGGAGACACAAUUGAAAAGUUGGGAUUGGAACCAUACUUCAGGCGUGAAAUAGAAAGAAUAUUGGAUGAAACAUACAAGUCAUGGCAGAAGAAGAAUGAAGAGAUUUUCUAUGAUGUCACUUGUUGUGCCAUGGCAUUUCGAUUUCUACGAUUAAGAGGAUACCAUGUUUCUGCAGAUGAACUGGUGAACUUCGUAGAUGAAGAAUUAUUUUUCAGUACAGUAAGCCCGAUGUUCACAAAUGUGACUACUAUUCUGGAGUUGUACAAAGCUUCCCAGCUGAUUAUAUAUCCAAAUGAAGAACCUCUUGAGAGAAUCCAGGCUUGGACAACAACUUAUUUGAAGGAUCAGUUGCUAAAUCAGUCCAUAAACGACAAGAAGUUACAUAAAGAGGUCGAGUUUACUCUCAAGAAUUAUCAUGGCACGUUAGCGCGGGUAUUGAACAGGAGAUGUAUUGAGCUAUAUGACAUUGACAAGCAUCACAUUCUUAAAACAUCUUACAGAGACCUUCUGACCUUGGCAAUACAAAAUUUUAACAGUUGUCAGGCCCUACAUCAAGCUGAACUCCAAAUACUUGAAAGAUGGUACGAAAAGAACGAAUUGCAGAGUUCAAGAGUCCCAAAACGUGUUCUACAAUCGAGUUAUUUCAUGAUUACUGCUGAUGCCUUUGAGCCAGAAUUAUCUGAUGCUCGAAUCUCAUAUGCUCAGACCUGUGUCCUAGUCACAGUGGUAGAUGAUUUAUUUGAUAAUUGUGCUCCAAGAGAGGAAUUAGUCAACCUUAUCCAAUUGGUUAAAAAAUGGGACAAGAAUUCUUUCACUCAAUGUUGCUCCAAGCAAGUCAAGCUUUUCCUUUUGGCACUUUACAACACAGUAGAUGAGCUUGCUGAAAAAGCUUUUGUUCACCAAGGGCGAUGCAUAAAGCAAGACUUGAUUAGCAUGUGGCAGGAAUUGCUGGAGGGUAUGCUGACAGAGCUAGACUGGUGGAGAGAAAACUCAGCACCGACCAUUGAUGAAUAUUUAUCUGUUGGACGCACAACUAUUGGGGCCAAAAUCUGCGUUCUUACGGGAGCUUAUUUUCUUGGACCAAAAUUAUCAGAGGAUAUUUUAAACAGUGAAGAAAUGAAAAGCUUAUGGACGCAUGCCUCCACAGUUGGACGACUCCUUAAUGAUAUCCAAACACAAGAGAAAGAGCUCGAACAAAGAAAACCAAAUAUUGUGUCCAUGCAUGUGGCUAGAGGUAAUGGUGUCAUAACAAUGGAAGAGGCUACAACAAGGAUAGAGGAGACUAUUGAAAGAGGCCGAAGACAACUGCUACAGAUGGUUCUUCAAACAAAUGGAAGCCAGGUUCCAAGAGUGUGCAAGGAUUUUUUCUGGACAACCUGCAAGAUAUGCUUUUAUUUGUACAAGUUCACCAAUGAGUAUGAUUCUCCGAAAGAAAUAGUUAGUGACGCGAAAAAAAUAAUUUAUGAGCCCAUCAAACUCCCCAAAAACAUUUUCUGAUUUGCAAGAAAAACCAAGAAACUAAAAGGAAUAAGCAGUGAAAAGAUGCCUAUCCACAACAUUCAACCAUUUAUACAUUGCAUUCUGUUUUU